AUGCAGUUCCCGCCUCACCUGGAGGGCCUGGCCAAGGUCGUCCGCAACAACCUGGAGAACCAACAGGACUGGAAGCAAGUCACAUCGCACGCCGAGCCCUCGCAGCCCAGGCCCCUGCUCUCGGGCCUGCCCCCGCGCCGCAUGUACAUCCACCCGGACGAGCAGAUCGACAUCAUCAAGGCCGAGAAGGCCCUGGGCGAGUCUGUCCCGCAGGAGCCCGACUACGAGUGGGUCCUGCCCGUCCACAUCUCCGAGAAGCCCACCAUGCGCGCCUUCGCCGCCGUCUUCGACGCCCUCGACGCCCUGCCGCCCGCCACCAGGCUGGCAGAGGCCGAGGGGGACGCCGCGCCCGACUGGAGGAAGUGGAGGGGCUCCUGGCGCGGGAAGAGGGUGCUCCUUGCUACGGUCCACGACGACUCUACCGUGGUCUACUACAUGAUGCACGAUGGCAUCGUCAAGCCGAGACAGAAUUAG